AUGUCGUCACUUCAAGAAUUACUUAAAACUGGGAGUGCUCUUGGACUACAGGGGUCAGAGCUCCGUGAUUUUAUUCUUGAUGAACAAAACAGAGAGAGAGAAGAGAGGAAGCUUGAUAGAGAGGAAAAGCGAACCGAAGCUGAGAGACAGCACCAGCUAGUUCUAUUGAAGGGGAAGAGGGAUGAAAUGGCGUUACAGUUGUCACUGGAGAAGGAGCGUGAGGAACGUGCUGUGAGAGAACAUAGCAGGAAGAUAGAGUUAUUGGAAUAUCAGAAAACCCAAGGUGCUAAUCCUACAGGAAGUGCUGACCAGAAGAUGUCCCAUGGUUUAGUGAAGGGUCCUAAACUGCCUCCUUACGAAGAAGGGAAGGACAACAUUGACAGUUAUUUGCAGCGGUUUGAGCGGUAUGCUAUAGCUCAACACUGGGAUCGAGAUAGUCAGUGGGCGACUAACCUCAGUGCUCUUCUCAAGGGUAAUGCCUUAGACGUCUUCAGUCGACUACCCGUGGAAAAGUCACUCAACUACGAUACUCUGAAAGAGGCUUUACUUAAGCGGUUUGAGAUGACCGAGGAAGGGUUUCGACAACGUUUCCGGACUGGUAGGCCUGACACAGGUGAAACGCUUACUCAGUUUUCUGUAAGGUUGGACAACUACUUUGUCAGAUGGUUGGAGUUGGCGAAAGCUGAGAAGACCUACGACGGGUUAAAGGACUUAAUGCUUCGGGACCAAUUUUUGCAGAUUUGUGGAAGUGAGCUUAGGCUGUUUCUGAAGGAACGCAUUCCAAAGUCCAUGGCAGAAAUGGCGAAGCUAGCAGAUCAAUUUGCUGACGCCAGAGGCAACCCUUCGAACCUUGUUAAGGCAAAACAUACUGGACAUAAGCAGUAUCAGGGAAACCGUUCGCCAGGGGACUUCACAAAGUCAGUUGGUAAAAGGGAUGAGCCUAAAGGUAAGGUCAUUAGUGGUAGUAAUUUAGGAGGAAAGACGUGUUAUAUCUGCAAGAAGACGGAUCAUCUUUCCUACAAUUGUCCAGCCAGUACCAAGAAGAAGCAAUCACGUGUCGGAUUAGUGGCAGACUCUGAUGCACAAGAGGCAGCACAAAUAGAAGGGAUCCGCAAGCAUCGUUCAUCCGGCAAGAAGACGGGUAACCCGCCUUCAUGUGGAGCUCUUAGUUCAAGUGAAGAUGACAACGAUGAACGAGAUCCAGAUCAGCUCAGCAUUUCAUGUAGUGCGCCUGUGUUGGAUUCUGGUAUGCCUGUGGUGAGAGGUCUUAUCGGCAAGCAUGUUGUCACAGUGUUGCGUGACACAGGUUGUAGUGGAGUCGUUAUCAGAAGGAGUCUUGUGGACGCAGAAGAUUUCACUGGUGAUACCAAGAUGUGUACCUUGGCAGAUGGUAGUAAGUUGAAAGUUGAUACAGCGAAUGUUGUCGUUGAUACGCCAUACUAUCAAGGAACUGUUAUGGCUUGGUGCAUGGACACUCCAAUUUAUGACCUCAUUUUGGGAAACAUACAUGGUAUUAGAUCUCCUGGAGAUCCGAAUCCGAAGUGGAACCUUGAGGAACAGGUUAGUGCAGUACAGACCAGGGCACAGAAGGCGGCGGAAGAGAAGCCAUACAGACCACUAAAGGUUCCCAAGGUGUUUCAAGAAAUAAAUCCCAUAGAUUUCAAGGAUGCCCAGAUAUCAGAUGGAACGUUGGCUAAGAUUCGUGAGAUGGCGGUAUCGGGAGAAGUUAAGGAGAGACGUGAUGGUGGGAAACCACAUUUCUUCACACGGAAUGGUCUGGUAUACAGGGAGUAUAAGAGUCCAUCUACGCAGCAGGGACGGAUUUUCAAGCAACUCGUCGUUCCCUCGACGUACCGGCAGAAGGUUAUGGGACUUGCUCAUGAUUCUAUGAUGGCAGGCCAUUUGGGAGCCAAACGAACUAGUGACAGGAUCAUGGCAGAAUUUUAUUGGCCGGGAGCACAGUCUGACGUGACGAGGUAUUGUCGCUCUUGUGACGUGUGCCAGAGGACUUUCCCGAAAGGCAGAGUGACGAAGGUGCCACUUGGAAUGAUGCCACUUAUUGAUGCGCCGUUUCAGCGAGUCGCCAUCGAUAUAGUCGGACCAUUGCAACCUGCUACUGAUCGGGGAAAUAGGUUCAUACUCACGAUUGUCGACUACGCCACACGAUAUCCAGAGGCUGUAGCUUUGAAGGGAAUUGAGACGGAACGGGUGGCAGAAACGCUAGUGGACGUAUACAGUCGGGUUGGAGUACCGAAGGAAGUACUAACAGACCAAGGGAGUCAGUUCACAUCAUCUGUCAUGCGAGAAGUUAGCAGGCUACUGUCGAUACGUCAGCUUACGACAACCCCUUAUCAUCCCAUGUGUAAUGGGCUGGUUGAGCGCUAUAACGGAACUCUAAAACAGAUGUUAAGAAGGAUGUGCUCUGAGCGACCAAAGGAUUGGGAUAAAUAUUUGAAUGCUUUAUUGUUCUCGUACAGGGAGGUACCACAGGAAAGCUUGGGUUUUUCCCCGUUUGAGUUGCUAUACGGACGGGUUGUACGUGGACCAAUGAUGAUCUUACGUGAAUUGUGCGAGAAGGAGGUUGCAGACCCCGAAGUAAAGAGUACUUACCAAUAUGUUCUUGAUCUGCGAGAACGUCUUGAGGAGACCUGCAAGUUGGCACAAGAACAGCUCCGAAAGGCGAAAGUCACACAGGCAAAGUUUUACAACCGGAAAGCGAAGAACAGAGUUAUGGAGCCAGGUGAGAAAGUGUUGGUGUUGCUACCUACGAAACGAAACAAGAUCCAAAUGCAGUGGCGUGGGCCUUAUGGCAUCGUUGAACGUAAAGGGCCUAUGGAUUAUGUUGUGUCUGUCGACGGCAGGGAGAAAGUUUUACACGCAAAUUUGUUGCGUCGAUACGUUCAACGAGAAGGGACAGGAUUGAGUGAAGCUGGCGUUCUUAACGCGGUUUGUUCAUCAGUUAUAGAGGGGGAUUCUGGUGGUAUUGAAGAGGAAUUACCGAGUACUGAUUGUUUCAACAUACCAACACCUGUGAGGACAGAGACAGUAGAAGACGUGCAAGUAUCAGAGCUACUGACAUCCAAACAGAAGGUAGAGAUGAAGACUUUGUUGGAAGAAUUCUCAGAUGUAUUGUCAGAUGUUCCUGGGAGAACUAAUUUGGUAGUUCAUGAUAUCCGAACAACUACCAACGAACCAGUUAGGGCAAAGAACUAUCCGAUUCCCUAUAAUUUGAAGGAAACCAUCCGAGAAGAAGUAGAAAAGAUGCUGAAGAUGAGAGUCAUUGAAAAGUCCGAUGCACCAUAUGCAGCACCGGUGGUAAUCGUCAGGAAAAAAGACGGCACAAACCGCUUUUGUAUUGAUUACAGGCAACUGAACCGGGUAACCAUCUUCGACGCUGAACCGAUGCCGAAUGCGGACGAUAUUUUUUCUCGACUGUCAGGAAACAGAUAUUUCUCCCGCUUAGAUCUCAGUAAAGGAUACUGGCAGGUGCCAAUGGAGGAGACAUCGAAACAGAAAACAGCGUUCACAACACCCAUCGGUUUGUUUCAGUUUUCUGUUAUGCCAUUUGGUUUGGUGAACGCACCGGCUACUUUUUGCCGCCUAAUGAGGAUUCUGCUAGAGAGCAUGAAGAACAUAGAAAGUUUCAUUGAUGACAUCUUGAUCUACACCAAGACUUGGGAGGAACAUCUUGCAAUACUACGUGGGUUGUUUGUACGUCUGAGGAAAGCCAUGAUAACAGCUAGACCUACGAAGUGUGCGUUAGGAUUCGAAAGCCUGGAGUGUUUGGGACAUAUGAUUGGACAACAGCUUUUGCAACCCAAUCCAGAUAAGGUCAAAGCUAUUCUGGAAGCAAAGAUACCAAAGACGAAGAAGCAAGUGCGAUCCUUUAUCGGCUUAGCGGGCUUCUACAGGAAAUUCGUACCCAACUUUGCUACGAUUGCAGCACCCUUGACGGACCUCACUAGGAAAGGUCAGCCGAAUGCAGUUAUCUGGAAGGAACCACAUGAUCUAGCUUUCAAAACGCUGAAGAAAGUGUUGUCGACUAGUCCUGUUCUGAAACUACCUGAUUUGAAUUCCGAGUUCAUCCUGAGGACUGAUGCUUCAGAUAAUGGCAUCGGAGCUAUCCUGUUGCAAGAGGUGGAUGGGGUUGUACAUCCAGUUGCGUACAUGAGCAGGAAACUUAAAGGUGGUGAAGUGUCAUAUUCUGUUGUUGAAAAAGAGUGUCUUGCGGUUGUGUGGGGAAUUUCCAAAUUUCAAAAAUAUCUCUAUGGUCGUCAGUUCGUCUUGGAAACGGACCACCAACCGUUGUUAUAUCUCAACAAAUCCAAAGGGACGAAUGCACGCUUAAUGAGGUGGGCGUUGCAGCUUCAGCCACAUCGAUUUCGGAUACAGCCUAUCAAAGGAACAGACAAUGUGGGAGCAGACUUUCUCAGUAGAGUUUAG